AUGUCCGCUAUGAUAGAUCAUCCGUCGGAGUAUUUUCGAAUAUUUCUUAUUAUCUUAUUUAUAAUCAUUGUUCUUAUCGGUUUAAUUGGUAAUGUUCUUGUUUUAUUAUCUGUCUUAACAAAUCAUAUCAAAAUUCGUCGAUCAUCAACAAAUCUUCUUCUUGUUAAUAUGUCAUGUGCUGAUUUGAUUAUUCUUUGUUUUAAUAUAUUCGAUAUUAUGCAGUUUUCCUAUGAUCGUUCGUGGCCAGCAGCCUGGUAUCUUGGUUUACCAUUAUGUAAAAUUAUACGUUUUUCUCAAGUACUUGGUUGCUAUGUUAGUGUGCAAACGUUGCUUAUUAUUAGCAUUGACAGAUAUAUUGCAAUAAUUCAUGCAGUAAAACUUUCUCAUUCUAAUCGAUGUAAACGUCUUUUAUUAAUCGUUAUCAUAAUAUGGUCGAUAGGAAUUAUAAUGGCAUCACCUAAUUUGUUCUUACUUGUAUUACAUCCAAUUCAUGAUCGUGCCGAAUAUUAUGUUUGUGGCUUAUCCGAUGACAAAACAUAUUCAUAUUUUGUUCUAUUUUAUAAAUAUGCGGAAUCAAUACUUUUCUAUUUUAUACCCAUAUUUUUACAAGCAAUACUUUAUUUACUUAUUUGUCGUAAAAUAUUCUUGGUCGAUCGUGCCGUACAAGAAUAUUGCCGUGCUGAUCAAAUACAAUAUUCCAUAAGUAAUUCUCAUCGACAAAUUUCAGGAACAAAAACAUCAUCAUUGCAGCCGGCACAUUUAACCGACAAUAAUAUCAGUUUAGUCCCAAUGAUACCACCACGUUCACAAUCUCAGCUAAUGCCAGUAUCGACUUCAAUGCAUAAAAUGGGCGAUCAAGCACGUAGACGAGCGAUUAUUAUGUUGCUACUGGUUACUACACUUUAUUUUGUUGCAUUUUCACCAGCACAAAUCAAUUUUAUCUAUACGAAAAUAAAUCGUUUACAUCAUUUAUAUGAAAAUCGUCUGUUUUUUAUCAUGUCAAUAUUAUUAGUUUUAUCAUCGACAGCUUUUAAUCCAAUAUUAUUUUAUAUAUUUAGCAAAUUUUUUCGACAUAAAUUUAACAUUAUUUUACGUAGCCUAUUUCCAAUAUGUCGUGUACGAUCACGAAGAUCAAAUGAGUUUCCAAUGAUUUGA